CAUAUUUUAUACGCAUAUUUUGAGUGUUUUUGGUGAAUUUUAAAUGCCUAGUUCCUGCUUAUUAUUAUCUUUUGGACUUAAUUGUGAAACUAAUAAAUAUUCUUCAUGGUUUUGAUAGGUUUUGGAUAAGAGGAUCGAAUUUUGAAGAGUUUGAAUCUGUGCGCGUUUGCUGUGCGGUGUGCCCAUACUGUCUGUGAUGUUCGAAAUUAAGGCUGAAUUGGCGAGAGUUGGGCGACUGAUAUCUCUUUUACUUUCUUUUAGUGGGCUUUGACUUUUAAAAGGGCUGCAUUUUGCCUUAUAUCUUUAGUUAGGCCCAUGGGCCAUUUUUUAUAUUACUUUAUUAGAUUAGGUUUGUUAUUUCCAUAGAUAUAUAUAUAUUUGUGAUGAUACACGCUUAGAGAGACAUCACAUAUAGACGCCACCCAUUCUGGAGAGCAGCUGGGACGUGAUUUUGGAGCAAUUUAAUUCAAGUUUUCUUUUCUUCAUCUGUUCUUCGCAAUUUAUUUCUUAAUUUUCUUUAUUUAUUUGUUUAUGCGUUCUAGCUAAUUCGUUUAUUCCAGCAUCGAUUAGGGAAGCACUAGCAAGAUUAUUCUGUGAGAUCUAAUUUGUUCUUAUACUUUAUUUUUAUGCUUGUAUCUGUGAUUCUCUGUGUUUAUCGUUAUUAAUUGUUUUAAUCCAUUAAGUAGUGCGCAAUAUUUAGUGGGUUAGAAUUAAUUAUACAACCAAUUGAACCGGCCAUCCGUAAUUGUGGUUUAGGUUUGAUUAGUGGUAAAUUGACACAUCAGGGUCAAGGGAAAAGCAAUCUUAAUUCAAUAAUCCUGCGUCAGAGUUUAUUGAUUUUGAAUCGGGUUUCUCUAGUAAUUAAUGCUGUCGGCUCAUUAAACCUAUAGAGCGUCUCUUACGGUUGUCAGUCGAUUAGGGUAGUAAUUAGUGAAGCGUCUUCCUGGUUACCAAAUAAUUAAGGAGAAAUAAGAUCACGUCAGAAGCGUCUUCGGUGGUUAUAACUGGUUUGCUUGCAUAAAUUAAAGUUAUAUUUGCAUCAAUGAUCGGAAUAAUUAAGCUAGGGUGGACUUAAUUGAUUGCUGGAAUUCUUUAUUAAUUGUUAGAAUUUUCUAUUUAUUUAUUUAGGAUUAGAACCUUUGCAAUUCUUUUGGGUUUUAUUUAUUUAUUUCUAUUUUAGUAUUUUCUCAAUAUUUUCCCCAUAAAUCUCGUUUUUGGAGUUUCUUUACAGGUUGGAUUUUAGGAGAAUUCUCGCCGAUCCCUUGGGAGACGAUUUUGCUUGCUGCUGUCUGCGCAGUGUGGGCAUACCGGCUGACUGCCGGAUAUUUUUGGUGUAAAACGACGCACCAAAUUUUGGCGCCGUUGCCGGGGAUCGGUUUUUAAGUAGUAAUUUUCCUAUUAUUUCGAUUUGUUUUUUUUUAUUUUUUUAUUUUUGUUUGAGUUUGAUCUAUAGCUGAAAUUGAGAUGUCUGAAGAUGGGGAUGAUGACCGUGAUGACAUUCUGCCACCACCACCGUUGAUAAGAGAGUUGGGCCGCCACAAGAGAAAUCAUCCGCUAUGCAUUGUGUUGCCCACGAUUAAGCAAAAUGCUGAAAUCAAGCCUGACUUUAUUCAAGUUCUUCCAAAAUUCAGCAACUCGCUUGGAGAGAGUGCACAUAAACAUCUUGCUGAAUUUGAUUUAGUUUGCACUACUUUACGCCCUCAAGGUUUUCCUGAAGAUCAUUUAAAAUUACUAACUUUUCCUCAUACAUUGCAGAGUAGAGCUCGAGAUUGGUUGUUAGAUCUAUCACCUGGCUCAAUCAGAACUUGGAACGAUUUAGAGGAGCAGUUCUUGCGUAAAUUCUUUCCAGAAUCAAAGGCUGCAAAUCUAAGAAUAGCUAUUAGUAGCAUCAAGCAGAGGCAACACGAGUGUUUGUCUGAUUAUUGGGAGAGAUUUCAACAAUUAUGUCAUAGAUGUCCUAACCACGGAUUUUCUGAUUAUCAGUUGCUCAUUAAUUAUUUUUAUCGUGGUAUGUCUUCUUUUGACAGGAGGAUUGUUGAUGCUGCUUGUGGAGGAAGUUUGACCAACAAGACCUUAGAUGAAGCAAAACAAUUGAUUUUUGAUAUGGUCACCAAUGGUCAACAAUAUGAGGAUGGGGAUGAUGAUAGGUACAGGCCGAUCAACAUAGCAGAAGAUGUAUGUGUGAAUGAGAAACUCGAUGCUCUAACUUCCUUAGUUAGAGGCCUGGUUGGAGCUCAAAUUCAGAAGGAUAAUCAUCCAAAUUUCAGCUGGAAUCAUUCGCCUGAAUUUUUCACCAGCGCACAGCCGCAGGCUGGGCGGUAUGCCCAUACCGACCGCCCUGAGCCCAGUAUGAGCGAUAUUCUUCAGAGUCUGGCACAGAGCAGCCAGAUUGUUAACAAUUUGGUGCAAAGUCAGCAAGCUUUCCAGCAAGAGACGCAAGCUGCGUUGGGUAGUAUGGGCACACAGAUCACUCUGCUCACCACUCAAGUGAACAAGUUGCAAGUAAAUCGUGGAAAACUUCCAUCUCAAGAAGAAGUACAUUCCAAGGAGCAUGUUUAUGCUAUGCAUUUAAUGAGUGAGGAAGAUUUCUUUGAUCCAAAGCCCAUGGAAGAUGAAAAGGAGAAGGAAGAGCAAGAAAGUGCUCAGAAUGAUGAAGUUGUCGAAGAGGCACAACAAUAUGAAAAUCUCUCUUCUUCCGAGGUUGGCUCAACAUAAGAAUGGAAAUGAGGAAAAUGAGAUUCUGGAAAUAUUCACGAUGAAUAAAGAACCACCAGAAUAUUAUGAUGAAAUUCAAGGGUGUAAAGUGCAGCUGAACCCCACCAAUGACGUUCUCACUCAGCAUCUGUCACGCGGUAUGCCCAUACCGACCAGCACUGGACAGAUUGUGCCUUCAAUUGUGAAACUGCCAAAGCGGAAAUUGAAACCACCUGAUGAUUGAUCCAGUUUCAGGGAAGUUUUUGUUAGUUUACUUUCGUUUUUAUUUUAUUUUAUUUUAUUUUAUUUUAUUUUUCUUUUUCUUGUCUUUUAUGCUUUCUUUGUUUUGUGUCUUUGUUCUUAGUAUUUCCCCACACAAUGAGGACAUUGUGUUGUUUAAGUGUGGGGGAGUUUUUAUGUCUUUUGUCUUGAGUCUGUGUGCAUGUUUUGUUUUGGUCUUCCUUUUGAGUCUGUCUAUGGCAACUUUUCAUGCGAGCAUUUCGAUUUGUUAGGAUGAGCAUAUUGAUAUGGAUUGUAUGGUUGUUUUCUUGGAUGAUACAAAAAUGUGUUGAAACCCAUAUGUGUUUGAGGAUGACGAAUGUGCAAAUUGAGCAAUUUUGUUGAAAACCACUCAUAUAGUGAGGAUUGAGCCUUUAGAGCAAUAACUUGAAUGCUCCUUGCUUGUUUUCGAUGAGUGUUAUGCAUUCUUGACUUCUUGAUAUUCGGUUUGCCAUGUUGCCAUAAUAAAUUUUUAAACAACCAAUUGGACUCAUUUGUGAAGAUGAUUUAGGCAUUAGGAAUGAACCUCAUUGGCCUUAAAAAUAUCCUACCUUUCAAUAUCCAUUAGUAAGCCAUUUUGAAGCCUUAACCCUUUUUAUUGUUAUAUAUGAUUGAAGCCUCGAAAAUUUUAGCCAUUAGCCUUCUUUUAGCCUUGCUUUGUCCAUUUCCAGCAUGAUGCAAGUGGUUUGUUUUGUGAUAUUACUUUGUUGGAAGAAUAAGGUUGAUUGAAAUUUAGUGCUUGGUUGGAAUGAUUGAGGAUUGAAAUUGACAAAAGAGGUUGUUGGUUGUUUAAAAAUGAGGUGAUCUUAUGAUGUUAAUUCAAAAAAAAAAAAAACAAAAAAACAAAAAAACAAAAAAAAAAAAGAAAAAAAAAAGAAAAAAAAGAGAAUGCUGGAGUUUGAAUGUCUAUGUAUUGGGAAUAAGGGUUGAUUUGAUUUAGUUUGAUUUUGGGAUUAGAAUGUGGUGAACUACUUGCAUUGUGUUGGUUUUAUUAGCCUUGUUUAUCCACUUUUGUUUAUCCUACCUAUGCACCCGAGCCCCAUUACAACCUUGUGGAAAGACCUAUUGAUUCAUGGAUAAGUUCAGUUUUCGAAUUGAAGAUAUUGACAUAGUGGCAAACUUAUAAUGGAUAGAGUCGAGUUGCAUGUGUGUGAAUUUACCUACCUUUUGAUAUUGAGAGAUUUGAGCGAAUUUAGUGAGGCUGGAUUGAUUUUCACGUUUUUGACUCGAAUGAAGGGUGAAUGCACAUGAUUGUUGAUUCCAAGAAUGGUUUGAGGAAAAAUGAUGAUUGUAUCUUAUUCUAACUUUGAGAUUUGCUUGUUGUGAUUGUUGCCAUGGCUAGUCGUCGUUAGUUGCGUCUUGUCUUGUCUUGUUUGUGUCUUGAGUUUUGUUCUUCCCUUUGUUUUGUUUUUCUUAUGCUCGAGAGCGAGCAUUGUCUAAGUGUGGGGGAGUUUGAUUGGGCAUAUUUUAUACGCAUAUUUUGAGUGUUUUUGGUGAAUUUUAAAUGCCUAGUUCCUGCUUAUUAUUAUCUUUUGGACUUAAUUGUGAAACUAAUAAAUAUUCUUCAUGGUUUUGAUAGGUUUUGGAUAAGAGGAUCGAAUUUUGAAGAGUUUGAAUCUGUGCGCGUUUGCUGUGCGGUGUGCCCAUACUGUCUGUGAUGUCCGAAAUUAAGGCUGAAUUGGCGAGAGUUGGGCGACUGAUAUCUCUUUUACUUUCUUUUAGUGGGCUUUGACUUUUAAAAGGGCUGCAUUUUGCCUUAUAUCUUUAGUUAGGCCCAUGGGCCAUUUUUUAUAUUACUUUAUUAGAUUAGGUUUGUUAUUUCCAUAGAUAUAUAUAUAUAUUUGUGAUGAUACACGCUUAGAGAGACAUCACAUAUAGACGCCACCCAUUCUGGAGAGCAGCUGGGACGUGAUUUUGGAGCAAUUUAAUUCAAGUUUUCUUUUCUUCA